AUGGAUAGACCCAGGUGCACCAUCCACAUCGACCACAAGAUCGAAUUGUUUUGGCAGGAAGACGAUGCUCUGUGUUUGAAUACCACAUUACUCUCCGUGUGGGAGGACAACAGUGUAGUAAGUGAUAUAAUAAUGGAAAGAUCACAGCCGAUCGUCCGUCGAUAUAAAGUCCCAGUUCCUGGUGGCUUUAACGCUCAGGUGAGACUUUUAAUACCACCUGAUGCUGAUAUGAGUGGUGCCACCAAGUAUCCCAUGCUGGUUUACGUGUACGGUGGUCCGGAUUCGUAUCAGGUGACGGAAAAAUUUAACAUUGAUUGGGGCACGUAUCUUGUAACAAACAAAAGUAUUAUAUAUGCUGCCAUUGACGGUCGCGGCUCCGGAUUAAUGGGUAACGACAUGCUAUUCGCCGGAUAUCGACGUCUCGGCACUGUCGAAAUUGUUGAUCAGAUCAACGUUACCAGGCAUCUGCAGGACAAAUUGCUCUUCAUUGACCGCACCAGAACGGCGAUAUGGGGCUGGAGUUAUGGUGGAUAUGCAACCGGCAUGACGCUCGCUAUGGAUUUAAAAGGUGUCUUCAAAUGCGGCAUGUCCGUCGCACCAGUCACAGAUUGGGCCCUUUAUGAUUCGAUUUAUACUGAACGGUUCAUGGGUCUGCCGAUUGUUACUGAUAAUCUGCAAGGCUACGAACAUGGUCAGCUGCUCAAUAAAGUCGAGAACAUCAAGAAUAAGAUGUAUUAUUUGAUUCAUGGUACUCUGGAUGACAAUGUCCAUUAUCAACAGUCGCUCAUGCUUGCGAAGGUGUUGGAGCAGAAAGACAUACUCUUCAGACAACAGACGUACACGGAUGAAGAUCAUGGUAUCGUCCAGUCGCGAGCGCAUCUGUACCACUCGUUAGAAAACUUUCUGGAUGAAUGCUUUCAAACAUCAUCAUGAUCGGAACACGGGAUAAUGAUGACAAUCUAAACGCUGUACACCACCUGCCUCACACUUGUAAAUAUUUUGUCACGUGUACAUAAUUUGUGUACAAUAUGUAAUAUGAGCGUUUAGAGAAUGUACAUAGCAGUGUACGAUUGUUGAGGAAGGAUGGGGGAGAGAAGGGGAGGGCAGAGGGAGGGGAGUGAGGGAGAGAGAGAGAG